AUGGGUGGCGUUGCCAGUCUGCUCAGCCAUGCUUCGGGAAGCGAGGUCCAGGACUCGACCUUCGAACACAUCGCACAGUUUGUGCCGAAGUGGGAGUGGCAGGAUGGUGAUGGCACCUACGUGCCCUAUGAUGCGAAGGUCGCCCUGAAGUUAGAGAAGGUCUGGUCGAAGCUCCAGGAAGCUAAGGCCUCGCCAACAGUGGAGCUGAGCGCAGCUGCCAGCGUGGACCUUUCCAAGAUGGAGGAGGUGGGCCAAAACGGCGAGCAAAGGCGGCGCAUUCGGCGGAAGACGCUCGAUGAGGCGGCGCGUGGACUGGCAGAGCCCACCUGGCUGCACCAGGAUGAUGAGGUCUUGCUGGCAGACGUGCCCACAGAGCAUGCAGAGGCGGCGCUGGUGCGCAGCGCGUUCUUUGGCGAAGGUGGGCUCGAUGCGCAGGAGUGGGCAGUGGUCGCGGUUCGGCGCGUCCAGAAUUACCCACUCCGGGAAGCCUUCCACUUCGAGCGCCAGCAAAUGCUGCGCGAGCAGCGUCGCAAAGCCUCCGAGGCCUCCCCCGCGGACGAGGAAGGAAAGCCCGACCUUGAGCUCAAAGAGGUCUGGAAGGGCGACGCUCCGUCAGAGCUGUGCCGAGACAUCCAGGAGCGCCUCCUGGCACAUGGCACGCGCACCUGCGACCCGCAGGUGAUCGUGCAAGAUCGCGACGGCUUCAUGGUCGAGAAAGGCUCGGAGAGAGCCUUCUACGGGCAAGGUUGCUACUUCGCCGAGCUGGUCCAGUACGCGCACCACUACAGCCACGUGGUGUCCGGCAAUGCCUCGCUGGGGUCCUACGCGAAUGAUAAAACGGCUUUGUGUCUCGAUCUGAAAGGCAGUGCGGCGGAGCAGUACAUCUUAGCACCAACGUAUUGA